AUGCCCCAAACUAGCGAAGGAAACGUGCAUGCCCUCCAGUAUCGCGAAGGGAAACCAUCACAAGGAGAUCCAUCGCGACCUGUAUCGGAGUUGUUCCGUCUCGACGAUCAUACAGUCAUAAUCACUGGCGCAACUGACUUCCUGGGAACUACUCUUGCUAUCGCUAUCAUUGAAAGUGGUGCAGACAUUAUUUGCCUCGAUCUUUUCCCUACGCCAACCGCUUCUAACUGGGACGAUGUUGAAAAUGCUGCGGAAAAGAGCCAACGUCGACUUUCGUAUUAUCAGCUCGAUGUAACGGAUGAGAAUGCGGUUGCUGAAACAUUUGGGAAGUUUAUCCCUACUCUACGGUACCCAGUGAAAGGAGUUGUUACUUGUGCUGGCCUGUCACGUAAUGGCCCUGCGACUGAAUUCCCAGCAUCCUCUUUCCGGAAGAUCUUUGACAUCAAUGUUACGGGCACGUUCCUUGUUGCUCAAGCUACGGCCCGAGAAAUGAUUCGAACGAACGUGACUGGAAGCAUGGUACUAGUAGCAACCGCGACUGCGGAGGCUUUGCAGAAGCCGGGCAUGGAGGCUCAAUGGACGAGUGAUAAUAUGCUCUUCCGCCUGAGCACAGUUGACGAAUUUCGUGCACCAGUACUUUUCAUGACCGGCACUGAUUUGCGUGUUGAUGGCGGACACUUCAGUUGGUAG